CUGUUAUUUCCGAUAUGAGCGUUUGACUCAACAAGUGCACACAAGUGAUGGAACACUCAAAGCAGUCUGAGUUCAUUUCGAACGACAAAAAAGAAACGAGCGACGCCAGUUUGGUGCUCAAUGGAAUUUUUGACAGAGUGGUCCAAAGACCUCCCGUUGCUCUCCAGGAUUCGGCCGCGGAGUCCGGGUCGCACCGAUCGGCGGCCUCGGUGACGGAGAACCGGAAAGAGGAGAGCACCAGAAGCGUGGAGGACAACGAGGUGAGCCUCCCGUCUCUGGCCGCAGCCUACACGACCAUCUUACGCGGGCUUGGGGAGGACCCACGGCGGCAGGGGCUCGUCAAAACUCCCUGGAGAGCCGCCACAGCCAUGCAGUUCUUCACCAAGGGCUACCAGGAGACCAUAAUCGAUGUGUUGAAUGAUGCUAUCUUUGAUGAGGACCACGACGAGAUGGUGAUUGUCAAAGACAUCGACAUGUUCUCCAUGUGCGAACAUCACUUGGUGCCCAUCAUCGGCAGGGUUCAUAUCGGUUACCUUCCCAACAAACGAGUUCUGGGUCUCAGCAAGCUGGCCAGGAUUGUCGAGAUCUUCAGCCGCAGACUACAAGUUCAGGAGAGGUUGACCAAGCAAAUCGCUGUGGCGGUCACUGAAGCUCUGAAGCCCACAGGGGUUGGUGUUGUCAUCGAAGCAACUCAUAUGUGUAUGGUGAUGCGAGGUGUCCAAAAGAUGAACAGCAAGACCAUCACCAGCACCAUGCUGGGAGUCUUCAGGGAAGAUCCCAAAACUCGUGAUGAGUUUCUGACGUUGGUCAGAAGCUGAAGUUCCUCUUCCACUUGUUGCCAGGGGUUACCUCCAUGAGCACGGACCAGCUAAAGUGCAUUUGUGUGUGUGUAUGUGUGUGUGUGUGUUUUCAUCUUACCAAAGGAAAGAAAACAUUUCACAUGCUGUAGUUUACCUCAUCAGACAUGUUUCACUCAGCUGACCUCAAACUCCAGUUCAGAGGCUUAGAAUAAACUAGACUGAGUAAGGUGAGUAAUGGUUUAGAAUUAUAUUUUUAAACAGAUUUAAAUUAUAAGUAUAUGUAUGCAGGAUGAUAUAGUUAGUUGACGAUAAAGUGAGUAUGUUUUUGAGAAGUCCAUCCGUUCAUUUUACAGUGCUUGUCCUUAUUAGGGUCAUGGGUGACCUGGAGCUGAGAGGCGCGGUGCACCUUGGACUAGUCAUCAAUCAUUUGCAUAUUUGCCCCUUGUUUCAUGACUAUGACUCUGAAUGGUUGUUUGUCUAUUUAUGCCCUGCGAUUGGCUGGAAACCAUUCCAGGGUUUACCCCACCUCCUGCUCAAAAUCAGCCGGGAUAGACUCCAGCUCACCUGGGACCCUAAUGAGGACAGGCAGUCCAAAUGGAUGGAUUUUCGCAGGGGGUUCUGUGACACGGGUGGCACAGUGAACGAUUGGUUAGAUCGUCUGCCUCACAGUUCUGAGGACUGGGGUUCAAUCCCCCGCCUGUGUGGAGUUUGCAUGUUCUCCCCGUGCCUGCGUGGGUUUUCUCCGGGCACUCCGGCUUCCUCCCACAAAACAAAAACAUGCAUGGUAGGUUAAUUGACAACUCUAAAUUGCCCGUAGGUGUGAGUGCGAAUGGUUGUUUGUUUGUAUGUGCCCUGCGAUUGGCUGGCAACCACUUCAGGGUGUACCCCACCUCCUGCCCGAUGAUAGCUGGGAUAGGCUCCAGCACGCCCGCGACCCUAGUGAGGAGAAGUGGCUCAGAAAAUGGAUGGAUGGAUGGUUCUGUGACACGGUCAAGCAUGUGUUUAGCACAUCUGACGACUGGUUAGCACAUCUGCCUCACAGUUCUGAGGACCCGGGUUCAAAUCCGGCCUCGUCUGUGUGGAGUUUGCAUGUUCUCCCCGUGCCUGUGUGGCUUUUCUCCAGUUUACUCCCACAUCCCAAAAACAUGCAUGUUAGGUUGAUUGCCCGUGGGUGUGUAUGUGAGGACAAAUGGUUGUUUGUCUAAAUGCGCCCUGCGAUUGUCUGGCGACCUGUUCAGAAUGUUCCCUGCCUCUCGCCCGAAGUCAGCUGGGAUAGGCUCGAGCAUGCCCUAGUGAGGAUAAGCAGUGUGUAAAAUGGAUGUGUAUGUGUGUGUGUGUGUCUGUCUGUCUGUCUAUCUAUCUAUCUAUCUAUCUAUCUAUGUGUGUGUACAUAUAUAUCGAUCCAUCCAUCCAUUUUCUGUACUGCUUAUCCUCACUCGGGUCGCGGGCGUGCUGGAGCCUAUCAUAUAUAUAUAUAUAUAUAUAUAUAUAUAUAUAUAUAUAUAUAUAUAUAUAUAUAUAUAUAUAUAUAUAUAGAUACAGAUAGAUAGAUAUGUGUGUGUGUAUAAAUAUAUAUAUAUAUAUAUGUGUAUAUUUACAUAUAUAUAGAUAGAUACAAUACAGACACACACACUGUGGGGCAAAAAAGUUGUGAGCCACCAAUUGUGCAAGUUCUCCCACUUAAAAAGAUGAGAGAGUCCUGUUAUUUUCAUCAGAGGUAUACCUCAACUAUGAGAGACAAAAUGAGAAAAAAAGAUACAGAAAAUCUGAUUUUUAAAGCAAAAGCUAAUUUAUUAGCAAAUUAUGGUGGAAGAUAAGUAUUUGGUCACCUACAAACAAGCAAGAUUUCUGGCUCUCACAGACCUGUAACUUCUUCUUUAAAAGGCUCCUCUGUUCUCCACUCGUUACCUGUAUUAAUGGCACCUGUUUGAACUCAUCAGUAUAAAAGACACCUGUCCACAACUUCAAAAAGUCACCCUCCAAACUCCACUAGAGCUGUCAAAGGACACAAGAAACAAAAUUGUAGACCUGCACCAGGCUGGGAAGACUGCAUCUGCAAUAGGUAAGCAGCUUGGUGUGAAGAAAUCAACUGUGGGAGCAAUUACUGCAAAAUGGAAGACAUAGAAGACCACUGAUAAUCUCCUUUGACGUUUGCUAGAGAGCUUUGUAUGAUCCAGCAGAGGAUUGGGAGAAUGUCAUAUAGUCAGAUGAAACCAAAAUAGAGCUUUUUGGUAAAAACUCAAAAAAAAAACUUUGGAAGAGAAUGAAUGCUAAGUUGCAUCCAAAGAACACCAUACCAACUGUGAACCAUGGGAUUGGUAACAUCAUGCUUUGGGGCUGUUUUUCUGCGAAGGGACCAGGACGACUGAUCCGUGUAAAGGAAAGAAUGAAUGGCGCCGUGUAUCGUGAGAUUUUGAGUGAAAUCCUCCUUCCAUCAGCAAGGGCAUUGAAGAUGAAACGUGGCUGGGUCUUUCAGCAUGACAAUGAUCCCAAACACACCGCCCGAGCAACAAAGGCGUGGCUUCGUAAGAAACAUUUGAAGGUCCUGGAGUGUCCUCCCCAAUCUCCAGAUCUCAACCCUGUAGAAAAUCUUUGGAGGGAGUUGAAAGUCUGUGCUGCCCAGCGACAGCCCCAAAACAUCCCUGCUCUCGUGGAGAUCUGCAUGGAGAAAUGGGCCAAAAUACCAGCAACAGUGUGUGAAAACCUUGUGAAGACUUACAGAAAAUGCUGGCAAAGGUUAUAUAACAAAGUAUUGAAAUGAACUUUUGAUAUUGAACAAAUACUUAUUUUCCACCAUAAUUUGCUCAUAAAUUCUUUAAAUAUCAGACAUGUCGAUCAAUCAUGGAAUUAUUAUUUUUUUCUCAUAUAGUCUCUCAUAGGUGAGGUAUACCUGUGAUUAAAAUUACAGCCCUCCCUCAUCUUUUUAAGUGGGAGAACUUGCACAAUUGGUGGCUGACUAAAUACCUUUUUGCCCCACUGCAUGUAUAUAUUCUAUUCCAUUUUCCGUUCUGCUUAUCCUCACUCGGGUCGCGGGCGUACUGGAGCCGAUCCCAGCUAUCUUCGGGCAAGAGGUGGGGUACACCCUGAACUGGUUGCCAGCCAAUCACAAGACACAUAUAAACAAACAACCAUUCACACCUACGGGCAAUUUAAUGCAUGUUUUUUGGGAUGUGGGAGGAAACCGGAGUACCCGGAGAAAACCCACACAGGCAAGGGAAGAACAUGCAAACGCCACGCACACACACACACACAAAUAUAUAUAUAUAUAUACAUAUACACACACACACACAUUUUUUUUCCUCUUAGGGGAAGGUUCUAGCUGUAUGUACCAGCUUGCCAAAAUAAUGUGUCCGAAGUGUCGCUCAUUGUGAAUUAAACUCAAAAUCUAAAGUAAA